AUGGCGACAACUUCUGCAAGGGACGCUGCAGUCGAGGCUUUGAAGGCAGAGCUUUUGGAGGAGUGGCGGAAUUUCAACCUCCAGCUUCUGAGCGAGGUCAGGCAGCUGCUCCAUCCUCAUGCCCUCGUGGAAAGGCCAACUGCGGCCUGGCCACUGAUGAGGAGACGGUUGCGGAUGUUUGACCAGAGGAGACUGAACCGCAAGAUGAACCCCGCACAUCGCAGGUCACGCUCGGCCGACCAUCUGCGCAUGACGGAGCUGCGAGUCAGAACUGCCGAGCAAGAGGUCACGGACCUCAAGGUGCAGGAGCAAGUAAGGAUGGAAAGCCAGGACCCGUCCGAGCCACAGGCGACUUCUGCAGGUGGUGCCACGUCAUUGGCUGACCAGGGAGGAACAAGACGACGUGUCGGAGUCGGUGGCUGGGUCAGAGGAGCUUACUCGGCUGCUGGGCGAACCGAAAGCCUGAAGGGAAUCAGCCAGGUCUGA